AUGAAUGAGUUGUUUGUCGACCAAAACACAUUCUACGGCGAAGAGCACUUGGACACACUGAGCGCCGGUAUUAUCAACUCAUUGGUCAAUGAGUUAUUGGAGGCCGAUGUGGGCACCGAAGUGGUUCCCAUCGAGCCAUACAGACAGGCGUUGGACACACACUUGAGUGACAAAUACAAGAGCUAUAGUGAGUUCAACCGUAUGCGAACGUUUCAGGACACCACUGCCAUGACUACUGUCAUCAACAAUUUGAACAAACUAUACGAAGAAGCGUUGGACGCGUGGAUCCAAUGCACCGACACUGAGGAUAAGCGCCGCUAUCUGGACGAGAGUCGACUCAUCCGCACACGCAUUGUGUCGGAAAACACAGCGAAAUAUGGCCACCGUCUCGAUCUCGUGGACCUCAACGCCCGGUUCGACACAACUGAACGGGAAAUGCAAGACGUGUUCGCCGAAGAGGUGGAAGACCGCCGGCGGGCGAAGGCGGCACUCGUUGACCGAGCGAUGCAGUGGUAUAAUCGCGAGAUUGAGAAGGAAUACGGCGAUCGGCCGUACAUACGGCCCGACCGGUUGGAUACGAUUCACGAGGGACUAGUGACCGGCGCUGUGGCCAGGUUCACAAAUGACCGUGGUCAUAUUGCCAUGGAUGAGUUCAAACAGCUGAUGGACUCUAAGCUAAAGCUGGCCUACGAUAAGGUUGUCGAUGAAAACAACAAGAACGCGCCGACAGUGCCGGCCAUUGGUAUUGAUUUGGGCACAACCAAUAGCUGUGUGGCCUACUAUAUGCCCGGCCGGUCCGCCAAUACGGGCCGUAUUAAAGUUUGCCGUAAUAUUAACACCACUCGUAACAGCGAUGUGACCCCCAGUUGUGUGGAGUACAGAGACAACGGAGAGGUAGUGGUGGGCGAAGAGGCGAAGGAUAAUCUUUUGGCCAAUCGCCAGAAUAUAAUCUAUUCGGCAAAACGUUUGAUUGGCCGCAAGUUUGACGACCCGGACGUCACUCACGAGACCCAGUACUGGCCCUUUGAUGUCGUGGAUAUGGACGGCGAGACCGGCGUUGAGGUGGAAGUGGACGGACAGUCGCGGCAACUGUUGCCCGAAGAGGUGUCGGCGGAUGUGUUGCGCAAAAUGAAAGAAGUGGCCGAACGUGACUUAGGCCACCCCGUAGUGGACGCUGUCAUUACAGUUCCCGCGUAUUUCACGGACGCCCAGCGCGAGGCGACCAAAGCGGCCGGUAUUAUGGCUGGUCUUAACAUAUUGACCAUCAUUAAUGAGCCCACGGCUGCCGCACUGGCCUACAAAUUGGACCGCUUUGACGACACGAGCAGCAGGAACGUGUUGAUUUACGACUUUGGUGGCGGCACUUUCGAUGUGGCCAUUUUGCGCCUGUCUAUGGGUCGAGUGGAAGUGCUGGCAGUCGGCGGCGACAAUCACUUGGGCGGCGAGGAUAUUGACCACAAUAUCAUUGAGCACUGUUUGAGUGAGUUUCACUCACAGACGGGUGUUGUGGUGGACCGCCAAUCGGUUGAAGGCGAGCGGGCGAUGAGAGCCCUGCGGGACCGAUGCGAGCGCGAGAAGUGGCGACUGUCCGAAGCGACCGCCGCUACCAUCGCUGUGGACAACAUCGCCGACGGCCGCGAUUUGUCCGUCGAGUUGACUCGAGCCGACUUCGAGUUACUGAAUAAGGAUCUGUUUGACCGCACGAUGGAGUGCGUGACCCGUACUCUGGCCGGUGUUAACGGCGGCGCCGGUAUGUCGGCCGACGAAGUGGACGACAUAGUACUGGUCGGCGGCUCUACUUAUAUCCCGUACGUUAAGGAUAUGAUUAGGCGGUAUUUCAAUGGACGCCAACCGUCGCAGUCGGUGAACCCGAUGCUGGCCGUGGCUGAGGGCGCGGCACUGCAGGCUGCAAUACUGAACGGAACUCAGGCCCAAAAGCUCCGCCACUUGCGGGUACAGGACGUCACACCACACACUCUGGGCGUGAAAUCUGUGGGCAAUGUGAUGAGCGCUAUCAUACCGGCCCAGUCCCGGGUGGACGGCAUUCCCCGCACCAAAGUAUACACCACUGUAUGCGACAAUCAAACCGAGAUUGAGGUGGAGGUGUAUGAGGGCGAGGACUCAGUGGCCACUAAUAACACCUUUUUGGGCAAAUAUGUGGUGACGGGUAUACCACCAGAGGCUGCGGGCAAACAGGAUGUGUCCGUAAUGUUUUGCGUCAACGACGAGGGCAUACUUAAGGUCAGGGCUGUUGUGCUCUCCCAACGCGCGGUCCACGAGUAUGAGGUGACCGAAUACAAGGGCCGCCUGUCGAUGGAGGAGCUGCUCCGUCGCCGCCACUAAUUGUUUAUUGAAUU